AUGUCGCUUGACUUCAGAAGUCACAAGAAGCUGGACCUCGUCAAGGCAUUGACGCUGGUCAACGUCCGUGUGUUGAACAAGGACAAAAAGUCGGAAUUGGUCGAGAAGUGCGAAGCCUACGUCGACAAACACGGCGAGGUCGGCGCCUUACGCUUGCAAAAGUUCUUGGUCGAUGACGGCGAAGUUGUCGCUGAAGACGACGAAGUCGCCACCCUUGCCGAGCUGGACGACGACGAAGACGACGACGACGACGAGGAGGAGGAGGCCGGCGAGACCAUCAUCGACGUCGAAUUCGCCGAAAACGACAACGAGGACAUUGACUACAACGGGCCGGCGCCGAUUGACUUGAAGGCCAUCAUCGCCGACCCCGUCAUCGAAAAGUGGGAGUGCUUGAAGGACAAGGUGUACGAGAUCACCGACUCCGUCGGCAUCACCGUGCUCAACCAGAGCGACAAGUUGCGUGACGACUUGUCGCUGGUGGUCACGCUCAACUUCUUGGAAGUGGUGGCGGAAGCGGUGGUGUUUUUGUACACGUUCGUGUCGUGGGUGCCGUUGAAGGACAAUGCCUUGAACUGUCUGUGUGUCAAGCAGUACGUCCCCCAGCUCGCCACCCUCACCUGGCCGUCGCCGCAAGUGUCGGGAUUGUUUUCCAGGACCGCGUUAGAAGCGUUUGCCGUGUGGGGGGUGUCAGGAGUGGUGUUGCCCCUCUUGGUGUCGUACUACCUCAACUUCACCACGAGAAUCUUGACGUUUGACGGGUUGGACCUCGUGGGCCGCGUCCACGACUACGACCCGUUUGUGUUUGCGUUGUCGAAGGCGGUGAUCUACUACUACAUCAGCAACAACGGCAAGCAAGACUUGUUCUCGGGCGAAGGAUACAUCAACGCGUUCUUAAACUACAUCUUGAUUGCUAUCGGCCACUACGGCAAGGUGACGGCGGUGUUGCGUCUGGUCCCCGUGGUGGUGGGCGUGGCCAACGUGGCGGUGGCUUUGUACUCCCAAUUUGAACACUAA